CGGAGCUGCCUGGUCCGGGAGGUUGUUGUGUGUAAGCUGAGGUCUGUGCUACCCGACCCGACAUGAGCGGCGAAGAGCCGGACGACGGGACUCCCGUCCCCGACCACCGCGGCCUAUGCGAUGCUGACACUGUCCCGGGGACCCCAGGCCGGCGUCCGCUGCUCGGCGAGGAGAAGGCGGUGACGGGUGAGGCCCGCGCUGGGAUCGUGGGGAGCCUGGCUCCCGGAGGUGUCGCGCGCCUUGGCCCCCAGACGCGAGUGGCCGCAGCUAGGCUGGGAGAGACUCCUCCUCCCGUCCAGGGUCCCGCGGCAGCGGCGUUCGUGACACCGAAAUAUGCGGAGGAGGCCCAGGCCCGGACCGUGACGACUGAACGGGACGCCAUCGCGGUGGCAGCGGAAGGGAAGUCGGAAGGGGCGACUGAAGGGAGCGAGGAGGUGAUGGAGGUGGAGCAGGAGCCCGCGGCUGAGGCACUGGAGAUGCUGGAGGCGAGUGGAGGAGUGAGGGAGGCGCAGGAGGCGGCGGGGCCCUGGCAUCUGGGCAUAGAUCUUCGCACGAACCCGCUGGAGGCCAUCCAGCUGGAACUGGACACUGUGAAUGCCCAGGCCGACAGGGCCUUCCAGCAUCUGGAGCAGAAGUUUGGGCGGAUGCGGCGACACUAUCUGGAACGGAGGAACUACAUCAUUCAGAAUAUCCCAGGCUUCUGGAUGACUGCCUUCCGGAACCACCCUCAGUUGUCCGCCAUGAUUAGGGGUCAGGAUGCAGAGAUGUUAAGGUACGUAACCAAUCUGGAGGUGAAGGAACUCAGACACCCUAAGACUGGCUGCAAAUUCAAGUUCUUUUUUCGAAGAAACCCCUACUUCAGAAACAAGCUGAUUGUCAAGGAAUACGAAGUGAGAUCGUCUGGUCGAGUGGUGUCUCUUUCCACUCCAAUCAUAUGGCGGAGGGGGCAUGAGCCCCAGUCCUUCAUUCGCAGAAACCGAGACCUCAUCUGCAGCUUCUUCACCUGGUUCUCGGACCACAGCCUUCCAGAAUCUGACAGAAUCGCCGAGAUUAUCAAAGAGGACCUGUGGCCAAACCCACUGCAGUACUACCUGUCUCGUGAAGGAAUCCGUAGACCCCGACGUCGCCCAAUAAGGGAGCCAGUGGAGAUUCCCAGGCCUUUUGGCUUCCAGUCAGGUUAAUCUUUGUGCUUGAAAAUGCAGCUGGAACAGGUCCCUUCUCACCUGUGCUUGAGCAAGUCCAACGGGUACGCAGUGUUUUGAUUUCUUUCCUCCUGACUUUUCUGCAUCUUCUGUCUGGAUAGUGUCUCCACCUUGUGAUUAAGACUCUGGACAUGCUUCUGCUUUCACAUGGGCCCCAUGCUGUUCUGAAUUAGUAUCUGCUGGCUCAUGGCCAUGGCUUGUACCCUUUCUAAGCUUAACAAUGAAAUUGUAUAUUACACUGUCUUUACACUGUUUGGACCCUGUUGUUUUCAGUGUUAACCCUUUACUACCACCUAGAUGUCUUGCUUUAUCUGGGGGCCCUUCUAUUUAUCUGUUCAGCAUGUGGCAAUGUAGGCACAAAGUUUUCGGACAGUCGCUGGACCUAAAGAUUGUUGCCUGAGUGGGUCACCUGUGUUAUCUUUUGACUUUUUUGCAAUAUUUUCUAGGCUAUACCACAGUCCAUUGUGUUUGCCUGUGCUCCUCACCCUCACUCUCCCACCUUUCUCCUGUUAUUUUAAAGAAAAGUAGUUCAGAAACCUCCUUAAGAUCAUGAGUUGUGGUUCAUUUAUACUUGGUGUUUCCUGAAAGGAUGCUCUGUAAAAGAGGCCACAGAACUCUGCCUUGUCUCCUCUCUUACCCACUCCCCAGCCUGGUUAGCAAGCCCUAAAAAGCUUCUAGGGAGGCAGAACUAGGUGGAAACAGCUGAACUCUUCCUAAUAAUGUAUGGAAGAACUAAAGAUACUUUGAUGGGUACUCUAAGCAGGGAAAGUGAACUAAAAAGGCUUAGAAUCAAAAUCAGUCAGAUAAAAAUUGGGCUGAGAAUGAAGACAGGACUCAGAGCUUUCACAUCUUGGUCAGUCAGUGGUGAUGGAAGGAGAAAUAAUUGACUCAGGAAAAAUACUUUGAGUGUUGAACGUUGCCUAGUCAGUGCUUCUUUAAAGAAGCAGUGCAAGUUUGGGUUAUUUUCCACUCUUUAUAUGUGAUCUGAUAUAAGUGAAAGUGUAGUAUUGUACCCAUAUUUUACCAAUAUUUAGUAAAAUGCUACUUGUUUCUACUUACAGAAAAAAUUUAAACGCUUUUGUUUGCAUUCAUUUGAAACCAUUUGGAAUGUUGUAAAACAAUAGCUUUACAAUAUUGAGACUUGAAUAUUUGUAACAAUUUUCAAUAUUAAUACAAAUUCUUAGAAACAGUUUGGAUAAUUUGAUCUUUAUCAAAUGUGUCAAAUUAUUGUUUUCAUGGCAAAGUAAAUAUGUAACUUGCUUGUCUUGAUAGUCUCUUCUCAAACUGCACAUAGCUGUAAAAGUACUUUGUCAGAUUAGCACUGUACUAUGAGUAUAUUCGUUGCCAUUUUUAUGCAUGAUGGUAAAUAAAAGCAUGGCACCCUGU